CGGCGGGCGCGGGCGGACCCGUCCGGUGCGAGGACGGCCGAGGCCCAGCUGCAGGAGGUACGCGCCCAGCUGGGCAGGCAUGCUGAGGCCGGGCGGCCGGCAGGAUGAGUGUGCGCGAGGCGGGCAGCGCGGGCCGCGGGCAGCAGGCGGCCUACCAGCUGCACAUCUUCCCUCGCCUGUCCGCCGCCGGGAGCCAGGCCUCGUGCCGCGUGACGGCCUCCAAGGACAGCACGGCGGCCGACGUGAUCCGCGAGGCCGUGGCCAGCCUGCGCCUGGACGCCAGCAAGCGCUACGCGCUGGUGGAGGUGAAGGAGUCGGGCGGCGAGGAGUGGGCGCUGGACGCCAGCGACUCGCCCGUGCACCGCGUGCUGCUGUGGCCGCGCCGGGCGCGGGAUGAGCACCCGCCGGCGGCCGGCUACUACUUCCUGCUGCAGGAGCGCGACGCCGACGGCAGCCUCAAGGACGUGCACGGGCAGCUGGCGGCGCAGGCGGCGGCCGCGCGGCGCCUGGUGGAGCGGGGCCUGCUGCCGCGGCCCGAGGCCGACGUGGACGACCUGUGCAACCUGCCCGAGCUCACCGAGGCGCACCUGCUGCAGAGCCUCAAGCGGCGCUUCCUGCAGCAGAAGAUCUACACGUACGCCGGCAGCAUCCUGGUGGCCAUCAACCCCUUCAAGUUCCUGCCCAUCUACAACCCCAAGUACGUCAAGAUGUACGAGAACCAGCAGCUGGGCAAGCUCGAGCCGCACGUGUUCGCGCUGGCCGACGUGGCCUACUACGCCAUGCUGCGCAAGCGCGUCAACCAGUGCAUCGUCAUCUCGGGCGAGAGCGGCUCCGGCAAGACGCAGAGCACCAACUUCCUGAUCCACUGCCUCACGGCGCUCAGCCAGAAGGGCCACGCCAGCGGGGUGGAGCGCACGAUCCUGGGAGCCGGGCCGGUGCUGGAGGCUUUCGGGAAUGCCAAGACUGCGCACAACAACAACUCCAGCCGCUUUGGGAAGUUUAUCCAAGUCAACUACCUGGAGAGUGGCAUCGUGCGAGGGGCUGUGGUCGAGAAGUACCUGCUGGAAAAAUCGCGUCUGGUCUCUCAGGAGAAAGAUGAGCGCAACUACCACGUCUUCUAUUACCUGUUACUCGGCGUCAACGAGGAGGAGCGUCAAGAAUUUCAGCUAAAGCAACCCGAAGAUUAUUUCUACCUCAACCAGCACAACUUGAAGAUCGAGGACAGGGAGGACUUGAAGCAUGACUUCGAGAGGCUGAAGCAGGCCAUGGAGAUGGUGGGCUUCCUGCCGGCCACCAGGAAGCAGAUCUUCUCCAUCCUGUCAGCCAUCCUGUACCUGGGCAAUGUCACCUACAAGAAGAGGGCCACAGGCCGCGACGAAGGCCUGGAAGUGGGGCCCCCAGAGGUCCUGGACACGCUGUCCCAGCUUCUGAAGGUGAAGCGAGAAAUCCUGGUGGAAGUUCUGACCAAGAGGAAAACGGUGACGGUCAAUGACAAACUCAUCCUUCCUUAUAGCCUCAGCGAGGCCAUCACUGCUCGCGACUCCAUGGCCAAGUCCCUGUACAGCGCCCUGUUCGACUGGAUCGUGCUGCGCAUCAACCACGCCCUGCUCAACAAGAGAGACAUGGAGGAGUCGGUCUCGUGCCUGUCCAUCGGCGUCCUGGACAUCUUUGGCUUUGAGGACUUCGAGAGGAACAGCUUUGAGCAGUUCUGCAUCAACUAUGCCAACGAGCAGCUUCAGUACUACUUCAACCAGCACAUCUUCAAACUGGAGCAGGAGGAGUACCAGGCAGAGGGCAUCACCUGGCACAACAUUGACUACACCGACAAUGUGGGCUGCAUCCACCUCAUCAGCAAGAAGCCCACGGGCCUCUUCUACCUGCUGGACGAGGAGAGCAACUUCCCCCACGCCACAAGCCAGACCCUGCUGGCCAAGUUCAAGCAGCAGCAUGAGGACAACAAGUACUUCCUGGGCACCCCGGUCAUGGAGCCCGCGUUUAUCAUCCAGCACUUUGCGGGCAGAGUCAAGUACCAGAUUAAGGACUUCCGGGAGAAGAACAUGGACUACAUGCGGCCGGAUAUCGUGGCCCUCCUGCGGGGCAGUGACAGCUCUUACGUGCGUGAGCUCAUUGGCAUGGACCCUGUGGCCGUGUUCCGCUGGGCCGUGCUGCGCGCCGCCAUCCGCGCCAUGGCCGUGAUGCGGGAGGCUGGGCGCCUGAGGGCCGAGAGGGCCGAGCAGACCGCAGCAGGCGUGGGCAGUCCCAGUGCCCGAAGUCAGCCGGGAGACCUGCCAAGAGGAGCUGGCACCCCGUCGGAAAAGCUGUACCGCUGCUCAGUACUAGAUUAUUCAGGUGACGGCUCUGACGAGUUCGAUAUUAACGCUUUUGAGGACAUCAUUGCUUUCUAUGAAAGCAAGAAUGACUUGCAUAACCAAAUCAUCCGGAGCAUCAAGGGGCUGCCCUGGCAGGGCGAGGACCCCCGUAGGCUCCUGCAGUCCCUCAGUCGGCUCCAGAGGCCCCGUGCCGCCUUCCUGAAGAGUAAAGGUAUCAAACAAAAGCAGAUCCUGCCCAAGAACCUCCUGGACUCCAAGUCCCUGAAGCUCGUCAUCAGCAUGACCCUGCAUGACCGCACCACCAAGUCGUUGCUGCACCUGCACAAGAAGAAGAAGCCGCCCAGCAUCAGCGCCCAGUUCCAGACGUCCCUCAACAAGCUGCUGGAGGCGCUAGGCCAGGCCGAGCCCUUCUUCAUCCGCUGCAUCCGCUCCAACGCCGAGAAGAAGGAGCUGAGCUUUGAUGAGGAGCUGGUGUUGCAGCAGCUGCGCUACACAGGCAUGCUGGAGACGGUGCGCAUCCGGAGGUCCGGCUACAGCGCCAAGUACACCUUCCAGGAUUUUACGGAGCAGUUCCAAGUCCUACUGCCCAAGGAUGCCCAGCCUUGCCGGGAGGUCAUCUCCGCCCUGCUGGAGAAAAUGGCUGUGGACAAGAGGAGCUACCAGAUCGGGAAGACCAAGAUCUUCCUGAAGGAGACUCAGCGCCAGGCCCUGCAGGAGACCCUGCACCGCGAGGUGGUACGCCGGAUCCUGUUCCUGCAGAGCUGGUUCCGCAUGGCGCUCGAGCGUCGCCACUUCCUGCAGCUUCGGCGAGCGGCCGUCACCAUCCAGGCCUGUUGGCGUUCCUACCGUGUGCGCCGGGCGCUCGAGCGCCAGCAGGCUGCCAUCUUCCUGCAGGCCGCCUGGAGGGGCUUCCGGCAGCGCACGGCCUACCGGCGGCAGCGCCACAGCGUGAUCCGCCUGCAGAGCCUCUGCCGCGGCCACCUGCAGCGCAGGAGCUUCCAGCUGAUGGUGGCAGAGAAGCAGAGAGCAGAAGCAGCAGCAAGGGCUGCAGAGGCCACAGUGACAGCCACCCCAGAGGGGCCGGCCCCCAGCGGGGAGCAGGUGGCAGGGCAGGGCGUGGAGCCCCAGCCAGCAGAGGACGGUGGACAACCGCCUGCAUCUGAGCCUGAACUAAAGCCCCAUGACAAGUCCCCGGCCACCACCGGGCCCUGCCGACCGGAGGAGGAGCCCAGCGCCCCCGAGAAGACACCCUCGUCCCACCCCAGCACGGCCCCGGCAGCUGAGGCCCACGAGCGGGUCCCGAGCAGCCGUGAGAAGCGUGAGUCACGCCGGCAGCGAGGCCUGGAGCAUGUGGAGCUGCAGAACAAGCACAGCCAGGCAUGCCGGGAGGAGAGUGCCCUCAGAGAACCUUCCGGAAGGGCUGCCCCAGAGCCCCAGCAGAACCUUGAGGUAGACAGGCAGGAGAAGGCAGAUAAGACCCCCACGGCAACAGGGACGAACACUGAGGCUCCCGAGCGGCCCCCAGAGCCUCCACAGGCCACGGCUGACAACAGGGUUUCUGGGGAUACAGUGAAGGUGCCGCCAGGCGGGAGCCCUAGGCCCGGCCAUGCUGAACGGCCCACCAGCCUGGCCCUGGACAGUCAGCUCUGCUCCCCAACCCCCAAGGACAAGGACAGGCCCAGCGGCAGCCCCCAGGCCCACAGCAAGCCCGAGAGCCCCGGGGGCUCCAGCCAGAUCCAGCGGUACCGGGACCCAGACACCGAGCGGCUGGCCAAUGCCGUGGAGUUGUGGCGGGGCAAGAAGCUGGUGCCCGCCAGCCCCAGCAGCAUGCUGAGCCAGUCGCUGGACCUGAGCGAGCGGCAGCGCCCUGUGGGAGCCGUCCUCACACCCGCAGAGGAGAAGCACAUGUCCUCGUCCACCAGUGACGUGUCCGGGCUGUCCAAGACGCAGCCCCUGGCGGACAGCGCCGACGGCGGCGAGCUGAGCACCAGGAAGCCACCUGUGCACAAGAAGAAAUCAGGAGAUGCGUCCUCUGUCGCAGAUGCAGGGCUGUCCCCCGGGGCCCAGGCCGACUCCAAAUCCACGUUUAAGCGACUCUUCCUGCAUAAAACCAAGGAUAAGAAGUACAGCCUGGAGGGCAUGGAGGAGGCGGCAGAGCCCACGGUGCCCGGGCUCAGCCCACCAGAUGCCACCUCCACCAAGAAGAGCCUAGAAGCCCCCUCGGGCCAGCAGCACCGCCAGCACGCCAAGGAGCCUGGGGGUAAAGGGAAGAAGAACCGGAACCUCAAGGUGGGCAAAAUCACCGUGUCCGAGAAGUGGCGCGAGUCAGUGUUCCGCAAGAUCACCAAUGCCAACGAACUCAAGUACCUGGACGAGUUCCUGCUCAACAAGAUAAAUGAUCUGCGUUCCCAGAAGACUCCCAUUGAGAGCUUGUUUAUCGAAGCCACCGAGAAGUUCCGGAGCAACAUUAAGACCAUGUACUCCGUCCCCAACGGGAAGAUACACGUGGGCUACAAGGACCUGAUGGAGAACUAUCAGAUCGUCGUGGGCAACCUGGCCGCCGAGCGGGGCCACACGGACACCAACCUGGUCCUCAACCUCUUCCAGUCGCUGCUGGACGAGUUCACGCGCGGCUACACCACCAAGAACGACCUGGAGCCCGCCAAGCAGAGCAAAGCGCAGAAGAAGAAGCGAAAACAGGAGCGUGCUGUGCAGGAGCACAAUGGGCACGUGUUCGCCAGCUACCAGGUGAGCAUCCCGCAGUCCUGCGAGCAGUGCCUCUCCUACAUCUGGCUCAUGGACAAGGCCCUGCUGUGCAGUGUGUGCAAGAUGACCUGUCACAAGAAGUGUGUGCACAAGGUUCAGAGCUACUGUUCCUACACGAGCGGGCGCAAGAGUGAGCCAGGCGCCGAGCCAGGCCACUUUGGCGUGUGCGUGGACAGCCUGACGAGCGACAAGGUGUCGGUGCCCGUGGUGCUGGAGAAGCUCCUGGAGCACGUGGAGAUGCACGGGCUCUACACCGAGGGCCUGUACCGCAAGUCGGGCGCUGCCAACCGCACGCGGGAGCUGCGCCAGGCAUUGCAGACAGACCCCGCAGCCGUGAACCUGGACAACUUCCCCAUCCACGCCAUCACGGGCGUGCUGAAGCAGUGGCUGCGGGAGCUGCCCGAGCCGCUCAUGACCUUCGCCCAGUACAGCGACUUCCUUCGCGCCGUGGAGCUGCCCCAGAAGCAGGAGCAGCUAGCCGCCAUCUACACCCUGCUGGAGCACCUUCCCGAGGCCAACCACAACUCCCUGGAGAGGCUCAUCUUCCACCUGGUGAAGGUGGCUCUGCUGGAAGACGUGAACCGCAUGUCACCGGGGGCGCUGGCCAUCAUCUUCGCACCCUGCCUCCUGCGCUGCCCAGACACCUCGGACCCGCUGACUAGCAUGAAGGACGUGCUGAAGGUCACCACGUGCGUGGAGAUGCUCAUCAAGGAGCAGAUGCGCAAGUACAAGGUGAAGAUGGAGGAGAUCAGCCAGCUGGAGGCGGCCGAGAGCAUCGCCGUGCGCAGGCUGUCACUGCUGCGGCAGAACGCGAGCAAGAGCCCCAAGGAGCCCGGCAGCCUGGAGGAGCUGGAGGCCCUGCCCGAAGAGGAGGCGGCGGGCGGGGAUGGCGACGAGGACCGCGAGAAGGAGCUGCUGAUGGAGCGCAUCCAGUGCAUCAAGGAGGAAAAGGAGGACAUCACAUACCGGCUGCCUGAGCUGGACCCGCGGGGCUCGGACGAGGAGAACGCAGACUCGGAGACCUCGGCCAGCACCGAGAGCCUCCUGGAGAAGCGGGCCGGGCGCGGGGCCCCCGAAGGGCCCCCCGCGCCUGCGCUCCCCCGCCCCGGGGUGCCCGCCCCGAGCCCCCUUCCCCCGGCGGCCGCCCCCGCCCGCCGAAGGCCGGCCUCCUUCGUCACGGUGCGAGCGAAGACCCCCCGGCGGACCCCCGUCAUGCCCACCGCCAACAUCAAGCUCCCUCCGGGCCUGGCCUCGCACCUGUCCGCCGGCGUGGUCGCCACCGUGCGGCGCCGCGAGCCGCCCGCCCGCCGGCCGGACCUGGUGCACUCGCUGUACGUGGCGCCCGGGGCCCAGCUGCCCGUGCAGGCAGCCCUGGAGGCGCUGCGGGAGCAGCCAGGGCCGGCCACACCGGCCCGGCGCAGGUACUCCGACCCGCCGCUCUACUGCCUGCCACGGCCCGCCUCCCCGGGCCAGGCCCCCGGCUGAGCCCCCGAGGGAGGCACCUGGACAGGCUCCGGGCGCCACUGGAGAAGGUGCACCUGCUCAGGCCCGGCCGGCGCUGCCCAGCGCCUCUUCGUGGUUUACAUAACUGAGCUGUCACAGCCUUGGUGGCAGCUGGACUUGGCGCAUGUUCAAGCCUCGCCACCAAGCGCCUGCAUCCUCGUGCCAGCCAUGGGGGGCAGAGGAGGACGGUACCGUGGCCGCAAAGACCCAAACUCUGUCUCCAAUUGGCGCUCGGCGCCGCCUGGCCGGCACAGGGCAGGACCCGGAGGAAGUGGCCGCUGCGUCCCUGAAGCGCCAGGAGUUAGGUGCAAGGAGGCCACCCCAGGCACUGCCCAUCCCGUGCGACCGACCAUGGGACCAGGGACCCCGGACACAUGGGUGGGGAGAGCGUUGCGGGUGCACGGCAGCCACCUUGGAAGGCCACCCAGCUCACCUCGCGGGCUGGCAGGGAACCAAGGUGUGAAAUAAAACUCGCCUUUCGCGACGCA